CAGCCUCCCGGCAGCCUCCCUGCGGGGAGCGGUGGGGUCCCGGCAUGGCCGCCCCCUGGAAGGGCGCCCUCCUGCUGCUGCUGGCGGCUCAGGCCGCGCCCCGGGCGAGCGCCGCGCAGGACGAGGAGGUCCCGGCCGAGUGGCUGCUGCUGCACGUGGUCCAGGGGCAGGUGGGCGCCGGGAACUACAGCUACCUGAGGCUGAACCACGAGGGCAGGAUCGUCCUGGCCAUGCGCAGCCUGCGGGGCGACGCGGACCUGUACGUGUCCGACAGCACGCUGCACCCCAGCUUCGACGACUACGAGCUGCAGGCCGCCACCUGCGGCCCCGACGUGGUGCUGGUCCCCGCGCACUUCCAGCGCCCCGUGGGGAUCGGGGUGUACGGACACCCCUCGCACCAGGACAGCGAGUUCGAAAUGAAAGUCUAUCUCGACAGGUCGGCCCAGCGACACCCGUUCGGGGACCCCGCGUACCCCGACGGCGCCGACACGAGCCCCGCGCACACCUACGGCGCGGAGGGCGCGUCCCAGGAGGAGGAGUCCGUGCUCUGCACCGUCCUCAUCGGCCUCCUCAAACUGGUGCUCGAGAUCCUGUUCUGAUCCCCGACGCGCCCCGGCUCUGGACCAGCGGUCCCCCGGCCGGACACCUGCCUUUCGGGUUGGCGGGUGGGAAAUACAAGCCAUAGUUUUGUUACCUCAGUCACCCCACAAGCAGCAGCGGCAGGCUCGGUACUUGUUUUCUUUUAAAGAGCAAACUGCCUGUAAAAGGAGUGCGCACAAUAAAACGUUUGGACUCCA